AUGGAAGUGAGAAUUGGGCAAAGGGUUUCUCGGGGAAUGCUUCCUCUUCUCGCUCUCCACACCUUCAGCGAGUAUUACCGGUCCGAACGCAAACCUCCUGUCACCGCCGCUCUCAUCGCCGCCAACACUCUCGUCUAUCUCCGCCCCUCCCUCUUCGAUUCCCUCAUUCCUCCCAUCCAACAAGUCUGGUUCAACCCUCACCUCAUUCUCAAGAACAAGGACUUGAAACGCUUCCUGCUGUCGCCGUUUUACCACAUCGGCGAACCGCACCUUGUCUACAACAUGCUAUCGCUUCUCUGGAAAGGGUUUCAGUUGGAGACGUCAAUGGGAAGCGUCGAUUUCGCUUCCAUGGUUGCUUCCUUGCUUCUCCUCUCCCAGGGCGUUACCCUAAUCUUAUCCAAAUCCCUGCUUCUCUUCUUCGACUACGACAAACCCUACUAUAGAGAAUACGCUGUUGGCUUCUCCGGUGUCCUCUUUGCCAUGAAAGUCGUUCUCAAUUCCCAAUCAAGCGAUUACUCCUACGUCCACGGAGUUAUCGUUCCCUCUCGUUACGCCGCUUGGGCCGAGUUGUUUCUCGUUCAGCUUCUCGUGCCGGGUGUCUCGUUUAUUGGGCAUCUCGGUGGCAUUCUCGCAGGGCUUCUUUAUAUGAAAUUGAAGAGCACUUAUUCGGGUUCUAAUCCCAUAACGUUGCUGGUUAGAGGGGUGACUGAUAUUGUGAAGUGGCCUUUCAAGUUCUUGCCGCGGCGGGGAAGGAUCACUGGAAGAGGAACUGUAGGAAGUAACAGGGCGUGGAGAUGCCAGACAUGUACGUAUGAGAACAAUUCUGGGUUGCGGAGUGUGUGCGAGUGGUGUGGGACGAGUAGGGGUGUCGAUGGGUUCUCUUCUUUUCAGAGUAGUUCCCGUUCUGAUGGGCUUCCUUUGGAUGAGUUGCGCCGCCGGAGACUCGACAGAUUUGCGAGGUAA